UUGGGAAGAUCCCAUGGAGAACUGGAAGGCUACCCACUCCAGUGUUCUGGCCUGGAGAAUUCCAUGGACUGUAUAGUCCCAUGGGGUUGCAAAGAGACAGGACCGAGUCAGUUUCUUUUUCCAACCGGUUCACAUAGGACCUGCUAGUCAGUCUGCUGUGGGCUGGGUUCCAGCGACUUGAGCUUUCCAAUGUCAACCUGCGCUCAGAUCCCACUCUUGUCCCAACCUUGUGGCGUCAAAUGACGAAUAUCACUUCCCAGAUUGCUUUUUCUUUAGUUGUGUGGAAAUGGGAUGUGAGGAAGUGAAGUCAGGUGUUGACAGUUGUAUAGAAACAAAACCUUGUGUAUAUAGAACCUUAUAUUCGAGAUCAAAAACUUUGAGAAGGCGAGCGCUGGACAGGAAUGAACACGGGGUGGGGUGGCUAGAGGGUGUCAGUCCUGAGAAGCCCUCCAGUCUGCUUCCCAUUCUUCCCCGGGGUUUCCUCCAGGUUGGCUAGGUUCCGAGGCCUCCGGGCCUUAAGGGGGCGCCAGGCGCAUCGCAGCAACCUGAUCCCGGGCGGGGCCAGAGCUGCGCAGUCAUGAUCACAGCGGAGGCCGCAUCAGAGUCCACUGUCCCUGCGGUGCCCGGUGAUACGGCCGCCACUGGAGUCCCAGAGCGCGAGGAGCUGGUGUGGCCCUGGAAAGAUGCUCCGAUCCGGGCGCUGGUGCAGCGCAUCCACCAGCUGCAAGCUGAGCGCGCGCAGGCCUUCCGCCGGCUGGAGGAAGGCCACCGCCAGUACCUGAGCAGCGGCCCGCCCUACGACUUCCCGCGCUACCGGAGCACCGUACACGAGGUGACCCAGGUCUUCGCCGCCGCCUCGAGAGAGGUGCUGGCGGUGGAGGCCGAGCUAGCCGGACCCCGAGCGCAGCCGCUGCUCGCGAGUCACGUGCGUAGCCUGCAGCAGCUGGAGGAGACGCGACUGACCACGGUGGCCCUGCUGCAGCUGAUGGGGACACCAGAGCUGACUGGGCAGGACGACAGCCUGCAGAUGCACCAGCUGAAGAUGAAGGUAAUUAAAACCAUGGAAGCGAUCAGUGAGGUUCUCCAGGACCUCAGGUUUGAUGCGGAAUCUGCCGAGUGAUGGUGGCUCCGCAGGGACAAGAGAGAUGGAAAAUGGGGCAUAUGGAGCCCUGCCCUGACCACCAGCUGGCUGGGGUCACACCCCACCGGACCACUGACCCUCCCUGAGUUCACUUCACCUCUCAUAAUAAAGAACCUUCUGUCUGCA